UUCAUUUUUACACACAUUUCAUGUACGUCAAGUCUUAUUCAAGCUGCAAGCAAAUAAAAUGCAACGUUUUCGAACACUUUUUCCAAAACCACGUUGUUCGAUCGUCGGAAUGAUUCACGUUGGUGGAUUGCCAGGGACUCCUCGAUUCAAUGGCAAUUGCAAAAAGUUGAUAGACGCUGCUGUUCGCGAUGCAGAGAUAUACAGAGACGCAGGAUUGGACGGUAUUCUCGUCGAGAAUAUGCACGACGUUCCGUACGUUCGAGGGAAAGAUUUGGGACCCGAAACUACGGCCAUGAUGUCGAGGAUUUGCUCGGAAGUUCGAAAAAAUGUUCCGGCAUCAGUGGUUUGCGGAGUGCAGGUUUUGGCUGGCGGAAAUACUCAAGCGAUAGCAAUCGCUCAAGCAGCAGAUUUUCAAUUCAUUAGAGCCGAAGGUUUCGUUUUUGGUCACGUCGCUGACGAGGGUUUCACGGACGCUUGUGCUGGCGAACUUUUGAGAUACCGACGAAAAAUUGGGGCUGACGAUGUUUUGGUUUUUGCAGACAUAAAGAAAAAACACAGUUCCCACGCUAUCACCGCGGAUGUUAGUUUGUCCGAAACCGCUAAAGCAGCCGAAUUUUUUCUCGCUGAUGGCGUUAUCUUGACUGGAAUCGCAACUGGAAAACCCGCUGACGAAGUGGAGCUUGACGCACUCUUAAACAACGUGCAGGGACCAGUAAUCAUCGGAUCCGGUGUUGACAAAGAAAAUUUGGUUAAGUACGUUAGAGCUCACGCCGUCAUUAUCGGCUCUCACUUCAAAAUUGACGGAAAAUGGGAAAACUCCGUCGAUCCGAAUGUCGUUAAUAAUUUUAUGAGCCAUUUAUCGUUGAUACACUGACACUGAAUUGUAAUUUUUUGUAUUGGUUUUGAAAUAAAAUAAAAUUUAUAACGUUGCCAUCUGAA